UAAGUCCUUCAACUUUCACUUAUUUCCCCUGGCAGUUUCCAUUUCUUUCACCCUUACAGACGUUACAGAUUACAGUGUACCCAUCUCUCUUUUUCUCUGCUUUAGUUUUUUGGUCUUUAAGGUCUUAUUAAGAGAGAAACCCUAACAAUGUACAUUUUUCUUUACCUUAAUCUCUAAGUUUUCGUUUUUCUUCUUUCUUGAGAUCGAACCCAUUUCAAGAAUGCUGGUGAAAUGUUGAGGAGCUUGGCUUCUACGUUGUUGAAAGGAUCAAAUCUUGGUUCCCAAAUAUUGUUUAAUUGCGAUAUUGGCUGAUUUGGAGGAACAAGGUUUGAUUUUUCUUGCUUUUUUUUUUUUUUGUUGGAAACAUAUUAGGGUUUUUAUUGAUAUGAGUUGAUAGGCUAAAUAAAGGUGUGAAUUUUAAAGGUUUGCAUGAAUCUGGGUUUUGCUCGUUUCGAUGGUUCUUUGCCUGCUUGGAGAAAUGGAUUUGAGUUAUUUUUAGGUUUUAUGAAGUUUAUUGUGUGGUUUUGUUUGUUGGGUAUUGUAAGAUGAAGAGGGUCAAGAGUGAACUGUCCACUGGGAGGAGGUUCAAGUUGUCUCAUUUCUUGUUGGGCAUAGGAGGGUUAUACUUAAUCUUCAUAGCUUUUAAGUUUCCGCAUUUUUUGGAGAUAGCAGCAGUCUUGAGUGGAGAUGGUAGCUAUGAUGAAUUGGAUGGGAAAGUGGUUGGGGAUGUUAAUGAUGCAGAUUUGAAUAAACCAUUGGUUAAUUCUGUUUAUAAAGAUACAUUUCAUCGGAAAUUAGAAGAUAAUUUAAACCAGGAUGCACCUUUGAGGCCUAGCAAGGAACCUUUGGAGGAAGGGAAAGGUAGACUACAGCCUAUAAAGCCGCUUCAGCAUCGAUAUGGUCGAAUAACAGGUGAGAUUAUGCGGCGAAUGAAUAAAACUAGUGAUUUGUCAGUGCUUGAGAGAAUGGCUGAUGAGGCUUGGACGUUGGGAUUAAAGGCAUGGGAAGAAGUGGAUAAGUUUGAUGGAAAGAAGAUUGGACAGAAUUCUUUGUUUGAUGGGAAGCCUGAGUCCUGUCCUUCAUGGUUAUCUGUAAGUGGAGAAGAUUUGGCAAGUGGAGACAGGCUAAUGUUCCUUCCAUGUGGGCUUAAAGCGGGUUCUUCAAUUACAGUUGUGGGAACACCCCGAUAUGCUCAUCAGGAGUUUGUACCCCAGCUUGCAAGAUUGAGGCUUGGCGAUGGCCUAGUAAUGGUCUCACAGUUUAUGGUUGAAUUGCAAGGCUUAAAGUCUGUGGAUGGUGAGGAUCCGCCAAAAAUUUUGCAUUUGAAUCCUCGACUGAAAGGAGAUUGGAGCCACCGACCAGUCAUUGAGCACAACACAUGCUAUAGAAUGCAAUGGGGUACAGCUCAAAGGUGUGAUGGUUUACGAUCCAAGGAUGAUGAAGACAUGCUGGUUGAUGGACAUCGAAGAUGUGAAAAAUGGAUUCGGGAUGAUGUUGCAGACUCAAAAGAGUCCAAGACAACCUCUUGGUUCAAACGGUUCAUAGGGCGGGAACAGAAACCGGAAGUUACCUGGCCGUUUCCUUUUGCAGAGGGUAGACUAUUUAUCCUGACCCUGCGUGCUGCUGUCGAUGGAUACCAUAUUAAUGUCGGGGGUCGACAUGUGACUUCAUUUCCAUAUCGGACGGGUUUUUCUCUUGAAGAUGCAACAGGGCUGGCCAUAAAAGGAGAUGUGGAUGUUCAUUCAGUUUAUGCAACCUCUCUUCCCACCUCUCAUCCAAGUUUCUCUCCCCAAAGAGUAUUGGAGAUGUCACCAAAAUGGAAAGCGUAUCCUUUGCCUAGGAGAUCUAUUCAACUUUUUAUUGGGGUUCUGUCUGCUACCAAUCACUUUGCUGAACGCAUGGCAGUUAGAAAAACUUGGAUGCAAUCUUCGGCCAUCAAGUCUUCAAAUGUAGUGGUCCGGUUCUUUGUUGCACUGAAUACAAGGAAGGAGGUUAAUGCAGUGCUGAAGAAGGAGGCAGCUUAUUUUGGCGAUAUUGUGAUUUUGCCAUUUAUGGACCGCUAUGAGCUUGUGGUUCUUAAAACUAUUGCAAUUUGUGAGUUUGGGGUGCAGAAUGUGUCAGCUGCUUACAUCAUGAAAUGUGAUGAUGACACAUUUGUUAGAGUUGAUACUGUCUUGAAAGAAAUUGAUGGCAUUUCUCCCAAAAAGUCACUUUAUAUGGGUAAUCUCAACCUCCUGCAUCGUCCUUUGAGAAAUGGAAAGUGGGCUGUCACUUAUGAGGAGUGGCCAGAAGAAGUUUAUCCUCCCUAUGCAAAUGGACCUGGAUAUAUUAUUUCCAGUGAUAUUGCCAAAUUUAUUAUCUCACAACAUGGCAAUCGAAAAUUAAGGCUUUUCAAGAUGGAGGAUGUGAGUAUGGGAAUGUGGGUUGAACAAUUUAACAGUUCCACGACUGUCCAGUACUCCCACAACUGGAAGUUCUGUCAAUACGGAUGCAUGGUAGACUAUUACACUGCACAUUACCAAUCCCCAAGACAGAUGAUUUGUCUUUGGGACAAGCUGUCGAGAGGUCGGGCACACUGCUGCAACUUCAGAUGACAGCAAGCGGCUCUUGCUUUCUAUAAGUUGAUUUUAUCCACGCACGUGGUACCGUCCUCCCCAUGUAUUUUCAUCCCUGCUCCCAAGUUUUGUCCAUUGAAGUGAGCUCUAGAGGGUUUUAAGUGUUGAGAUACAGAUUGAUCCAUGUAAUCUGUCACAUCUGAUAAGUAAGCCAUUUGACUUGAAUUGGAAGAACAAGGCUAAUUGUAGAAAGUACAUUCUUAUGCCCAUGAUGAAAAUUCAAGUCGUUCCUAGUUUU